AACCUUGGAAAUUGAAAUAAAAUAAUCAAUGAUCAGGAUCAAAUCAAAUCAACUCACCGCUUGAUACUUUGAAUUUGAUCGCCGAAAUUCUUAAUUGAAUUUUAAUUUGUUUGCUUUAUUUAAUUCACUUUUAUGUUCUAAAAUGUCUUCCCAAAAUGUAAAAUAUAUUCCCAAAGACGCCCAAGUCAUUAUGGCUAUACUGAAAGAAUUGGGUAUCAACGAUUUCGAUCCAAGAGUUAUCAAUCAGUUACUCGAAUUUAUAUAUUGGCACACCACUAUUAUUCUCGAUGAUGCUAGAGUGUUUGCAAAUCAUGCCAAAAAGAAAACUAUAGACGUAGAUGAUGUGAAGCUAGCAAUCCAAAUGCACGCCGAACAAAUGACAUCUGCUGGUCCUCCCAGAGAUGUGUUAUUAGAACUGGCUAGAAGCAAAAAUUCAACCUCACUACCUCCAAUAAAACCACAGUCAGGAAUCCGAUUACCGCCAGAUCGCUACUGUUUAUCGCAGUCUAAUUAUAAAUUGAAAUCGAAUUUGAAGAAUACGAAAAAAGUGAUCAAUAGUACAGCUACAACCAAUGGAAUUACUCAUGAUAAUAUUAAAUUCAGUACGACUCCUGUGUUGAAGCAGAUGCCUAUGAUACCUCGAAAUGAUCCAUCAUCACCAAACUUGAUGUCGAAAGAUAUCAGCUCUGAUUCGCAUUCAGCAACGGAUAUCUUGAUGGCAAGAAGAGCAUCUUCCAAUCAAAUAUCAGGGAUCAAAACUGAAACUGACAUUGAUUUAAUGGAAAUAGAUGCAAUCACCGACCAUAUUUAAACUCGUAUUUCGUUAAGGGGUCUAUAAAUAAGUUGUUGAAGUAGAAAAUUCAAUGAAGAAUUUAAUAUGUACUGUAUUUUUGUACAAUCUUUUUGCUUUAUGUACAUGUGUUUCAUAUCGAUAGCAUUUAUAAGUUUAAAAUAGUGCAAGUGCAUUGAUAUUUUUUGAUUUUUACGUGUGUGUAAUUUUUGUACUUGAAUUGUUAUUGUGUUUUUUUUUUGUAAUUGUAUUUCAAUAUAAUUAUGUAAGAAAGUA